GGAUCAUUAGAGUAUUGAUCGAAAGGAUACUUUUAGGUUGAUUAUAUAAGAUUGCUAAAUGGGGCAGUAGGUUAUCAGUUCAAGCAUUGCCUUUCUGGAGUUAGCACUUCAACCAUUAGCCAAAAAAAUAGCAAAAUGUUCCGACUUUUGAUCGUGUCCGCUUUGAUUGCCACGAGCUUUGCUCGCAGCCUCUCGGAGGAAGCUCACGCCAACAUUCUGUCCUACAACAACGUUCUCCACGACGAUGGUCACUACAACUGGGCGUUUGAAACCAGCAACGGAAUCGCAUUCCAUGAAGAAGGACUCGGUGCCCACCAAGCCAACGGAGCCUACUCCUACACUGGACCAGAUGGUGUCCAAUACCGUGUGAUCUACGUCGCUGACGAGAACGGAUUCCGUCCGGAGGGAGCUCAUCUGCCAACUCCACCCCCAACCCCAGAGCACGUGAUCAAGUCGCUGGAGGAGAUCCGUGCCAACCCACCCAAGGACCAGAAGGACUUCAGCCUGGAAGCCCUGGAUGCCACCAUCCGCCGACUGAAGCAUUGAGCCAACCGAAGAGUCUACCAUCGUAACUGUUAUAUAUGUCGUUAGAAGUGCAAUUGUUAUUUACUUUAAGUAGCUCCAAAUUAAACGAUUCUUCUGAAUAAUAGUUUUCCAAUUGAAACUCCAACGUUUAAA